CUUGUGUUUUUCUUACCUUGAACCUAAGGAUGCUAUUCCUUACCUUGGAAGUUAAAAUAACAAUUGAAUAAAAAAAGUUAGAAUUUUCAAGUAUAAGUGUGGUCAAGACUACUAAAGAGUCCAACCUUGUUCUACUAUUUCACUUCCUCAAUCUUAUAACAGAAAACAACCUUCCUUCCCUUCUCUCUCAGUGUAACAAACUUUAGUCAUCACUUCUUCACUCCCUCUCCAUGGCUUGAAUAAUCCAACUAUCUAAUGGCCAUCUCUAAGCCUUCAAAGUGGUUCAAUAAGCUCUUUCGCCGUAACCGCCGCCAUAAAAAUCCAUCCCCUCUACCACCCUCCCCCACCACCGCCACCGACAUCACCGCACUCGCCAAGAUCGACGAUGUCGUUAUUGACACCAAUAAACAUGCAAUAGCGGUGGCGGCGGCCACGGCAGCCGUAGCAGAAGCUGCUCUUGCGGCGGCAAAAGCGGCUGCCGAGGUUGUCCGGCUUACUACAAAUGGACCAUCCACAUUAGGACACGUCAGUAAAAGAUGGUCGUUAGAGUAUUCAGCUGCUGUUAAGAUUCAGUCCGCUUUUCGAGGUUACCUGGCAAGAAGGGCUCUAAAAGCACUAAAGGGAUUGGUUAAACUUCAAGCUCUUGUAAGAGGCCAUUUUGUUAGAAAACAAAGCACAGAUAUGUUCCGUCGCUUGCAAGCCUUGGUGCGAGUCCAGGACCGAGCUUGUGCUAAUCGUGCACUAAGCAUAGAUUCGCCAAUUCGUGACAAAAGUGAAAAACUUGAGGAUUCUCCAAUUGUAAAGAGAUGUGGUUCAACUAGAAGCAAUGGCAAUAAACUUUCAGGAACAAAUUGGGUGGAUAAUUGGAUUGAAGCAGGAUCUACACUAAGUAGCCCUAACCCGAUCAAGAUUGUUCGAUCUGAGGAUGAAAAAUUCGACAAAAUCCUAGAAGUUGAUAGUUGGAAACCUCACUCGAAGCCCAAAAAAACACGAAACCAAUCUUUUCGACCACGACAUCCUGUGCACAACAUUACAGUCGAAGACUAUCAUAACCGGAGUUUUGCAGCAUCAGAUUACCUAGCACGAUAUUGUGUAAACAAUGAUUUUCGUAAGCCUAAUGAAAACCCGUCUAUCGAUGAUGUUGCUUCUUUGAAAUCGUUACAAUUCCCCUUUCAAGCAUGUCCGACUGCAGAGAGUACUAGUCCUCCUGACCAGGCUUAUUUACAAGCUGAUCCAAGAGCAUUCGGAAGCUCAAGAAGAAGUCCUAAGACACCUUUGAGAUAUGAAUAUGCUACAAGUCGAAAAUUUGAGAACAUUGGAUUUGCGAGUUUUGCAAGUCCUAGUUAUAUGGCUAACACCGAGUCCUCUCGAGCUAAGUCUCGAUCUCAUAGUGUGCCGAGACAGAGAGGGGAUAUUUUUACUGAGAAGCAGACUUCUAUCAAAAGGUCACUUAACGCGUUUUGGCAAUCGAAAACUAUUAAAAAGAAUUCGGAUCCUUUUGCUAACUUAUGAUCAAAAUAAAAUGGUUAAUUCUAUGUGUUUAGGGUUGUAUUUGUAUCUAUGCUAAUGUUUUAUAACUUUGUGCUUACUUUUAGUAUAGUCAUAUUGUCUAAGCAUGAUUUGUUGGUGUGUUUUAUAUAACUAGGGAUAAUGAGUGAUGGAAAAUCAUGUUUGCAUAUUUUGUUUUAUAUAAGUAAUCAUGUAUUUAAUUAA